UGCUCUUGAUGGAUACUUCUCUUGAUCAGCAGCUGCCUCGAUUAAUGCUGGCCGUGGCAUUGCGCGCAUUUCGCUGUGGGACGGGCUCUUGUAACUCUCUUCAACCUCGACUGUCAAGGAGUUGCAUCUGUCAAAGAGAAGAAGCCUUUUUAGCACGUUUGCAGGUGGUUGCUGGUUUCCAUGUUGUAGCUGAUUGCAAGAGGUCGAAGCCAACGUGCACUGCCAUGCACAGUCUGCACUGGACAUAUGCAUAGUCCAGUGCAUAGGGUCGCUGAUCUUAGCAGGAAGCUGCCUUCACAGCUGAUGCAUUAGGAACGUUUGGCCUACUUGCGUGCAGUCUCUCCUGAGCAGGUUUUGUAAGGGCGCCCUGGAAGAAUGGAGGACCAAGUGGUGGCGCAAGGCGUCAGUGAGCCAUCAGCAGAAUGGCUGAGUAACAGCCAGAACUGGGGGCUGCAAUAUAGGUUCAAGGAGGCCAACCUUCUCGACCUCACCCGCGCCCCCGUCGACCGCUCGCGCCUCGCCGCCUGGCUCCACUCCCACCCCGACUCCGUCCCCACUUUCAUACACGCCCUUCUCCCGAGCGUCAGCCUCGACCCAGAUGAGUACGCUGUAGACAACUACCGGCAGGCGAUGGCCUGGGUGCGCUGGGCCAUGCUGGGGGCACCGGAGGACGUCCCCCGGGCGCUCGACGCCCUGCUCGACACAGGGAGCCAGGGCACCGGAGCGUGCGGCGCACAAUGGGGCACAAACGACAUCGCGUACCGCUGCCGGGACUGCGAGCUGGACCCGACGUGCGCCGUGUGCGCCUCGUGUUUCCUGGCCGGAGAGCACAGGGACCACGACUACCAGAUGAUCCGCACGGGCGGCGGUUGCUGCGACUGCGGCGACCCGACGGCCUGGCGGCGGGAGGGGUUCUGUCCCAAUCACCAGGGGCCGUCUGGGGAGAGCGUCGCGCUCCCCGAGGCUUUCGUGCGCACGGCGACUCCGGUCCUGAAAGCGGUGCUGGCGGACUGGGUCGAGAGGCUGGACGUCGCCAGCAAAGCACUGGAGGAGGAGGACUACUACGGAAAGGAAGACGUCGUAAGCGCCGCAGAAGGCACGAGCACCGUGGUGGCCAGAGAACUUCUAAAUUUAUGCAACCGGGGGGAGGCGCUAUUGCGCUUUGUGGGACGGUUGGUGGGGGAUGAACAACUGGGGCUGCUGAGUGUGCUGAUGGGUGCGGGACGGGCGCUGGACUCGGAAGCGGAGACGGAGGUGCACGCGCUGCUGUACAAGCUGCUGGGGGACCCGGACUUCAAGUACAGCUUCGCCAAAGUGUUCCUUCAAAACUACACCCUCUUUGCGGAACAGCGCGGGUACCCGCUCACGCACUUCUCCGGCUUCUCAGUGCAAAUCUUCACAGUGCCUCUGCUGACCGCACGAUUGGUUCUCGAGAACGAUCUGCUGGACAUUCUGCUGUCCACGCUGCGGGACGCUGUGCGUCCCGCCAUAGGACAAAUGGGACGUUUGGAGGUGGCCCACUCCAGCAUCCAGACCCAGCAAUACUCCCGCAUCCUCAGCGACCUCAAGUACGUCCUCUCCGCCCCCGCGGUCGCCGGCUUCGCCGCCGAGGUCCGUCCCGAGCUCGCGCGCUCCUUCGUGCACUUCCUCGCCUUUCCGCAGGGCAUGCUGCCGCACACACGACGUACCGGCACGCACAUCGAGAUGGAAUCCGAGGCCUGGCGGGACGCGCUGAUGCUCGAGACGGAGCUCGGGAUGCUGUACCGGUUGAUCGUAGAAGGAGCGAAGCAGGGUCGGGGGGCCUGGGACGAGGUAGCGGUCGAGCUUUCGAGCACAGAGGGGGAGGAGACGGGACGUGGGGAACAAGUGGCAGGUGAAACUGGAGCUGAUGCCUUGACGGGGAUGGAAGGAACGAGUACCGAGGGGCAACGAGAGUCGAGAAAAGGCAAGGAGAAGGUUCCGCAAGAGGAGGGGAAAGCGCAGACGGACACGAGUGUUUUUGGCGAUUCGGACGGCCUGCCUGAGGAGGAGUACAAGGAGAAGGUGAUGGCGUCUCUUGCAGAGAUGACCCGGGAGAUGGCGAGCUCGGGGCUGGCGAGCCCCGACUUCUUCGCGGUCAUGGUGGGCAUGCUGGUGGAGGCGGGGACGCCGUCGCCGCCGGGGGAUCCCUCUCUGACGUCAUCGCAGCCGGGGGAUCCCACUCCGGUCGUGCAGAAGGACCAGGGUCGAGUCGAUCCGGACGGCGUACCUGCGCCGCUGACGAGCCUGAUCGCAGUCUGUGCCGGCGUUCUUGCGACGUGGGUGGAGAUCGACCAGGUGCGCGAGUCGCGCAGGCUGGUGCCGGAGCUGAUGGCCAGGGAAGCGGCAGAUGAACCGGGGUAUCCCCCCCGGCAGCUCGAGCGGGUCGCUUUGACGCGGGCGCGGUUAGUACGAACAACCCGGCGUUCGGAGCGGAUCGUCGGGGCUCAGGACGUGAGACCGGGCCAGCUGCCGGGACUGCCAGAGGUGGCCGGUUUAGCAGCCCCGGUUAAGGCCAAACCUGCGGCAAACGAGGAGCCAGUUGGGUGGGUAACCUUAGCAGAGUCCGCAAAGUGGCAGACGGUCCACUUUGAUGUGGCUAAGCAGCCGGUGUCGUUCCACCUGCCGCUGCACCGAUUCCUGGCGCAGUGCUUCCGGGGGGCGGUGGAGUGCACCGGGGGGGGCUCUCAGGGGCAGUUCCUACGGUCGCUCCUCCCCGCAAAGUACCGGGAGAGCGGGUUUCCUGCUGCAGUGAUGGAGCACGUCCUGCAGCUGCAGGUCCUAAACGCCCAGAUUCGUGCCGGCAUGUGGCGCCGCAACGGCUCCGGCAUUGCCCACCUGGCCGCCCUGUACAGCAACAACUACUGGUGCGAGGACAGCCGCGACCUGGACGUUUUUCUGCUCCAGUGCUGCGCGGUGCUCGCGCCCCCAGAGGACUUUGUCCAGCGAGUCGUGCAGCGGUUUGGCCUGGAGGAGUACCUUGCGGGGGCCUCCUUGGAGCAUGAGUACGAGCCGCAGCUGGCCGAGGCCCUGCUCGCCCUCCUGGUGCGCAUCAGCUCCGAACGGGGCCUCUCGGGGCUGGACGAGAAGCAGCUGCUGCGGCGCGAGCUGGUGCAACGACUGGCGCGCGAGGACGCCACGUACAGUGCCCUCUCCAAAGCGUUGCCGCCCAAGCUGCGCGAGAGCAAGCACAUCAAAGACGCGCUGCGCGGUGUGGCCACGUUCAUUAAGCCCACAGGUUUGGAGCCCGGAAAGUUUGCCCUCAAGGACAAGUGCUGGCAGGAGCUGGACCCCUGGGCGCUCUCCUGGGACCGCGCCAAGCUGCAAGAAGCCGAGGAGCGCUUCUUCCGGGCGACCAACAAGUCGGCAACGUUCGCGCUCCUGCCAAAGUGGACGGACCCGUUUCCCGCCUUUGCGGGCCUUGUGAAUAUCCCCACGAGCAGAGCGGUGCACGAUAUAGUGGUUGCGAUGCUCAGUCGGGCGGAGGAGGGGAGAGACGGGAAGGUCACCGACAACGGGCUGUAUGCGGCGCUGCAUCUGCUGGCCCUGGCGCUGGACACGUGUCAGAAGGCGACUGGCCCGGUGGAUCGGCUGCCGUUCUUUCAGAAGGCUGUGGAGGGAGUGCUGGGUAUAGUGGGCGGGAGGGGCUUUUCGGCGGGGGCCAGUUCGGGAGCUGGGAAGCGGGGUCUGGUUGAGCUGCUCGUACGGCUCAGGGGGCGCUUUUUGCAGGGAGAAGCGGGGGGGGACGCGAGAAAAACGGAGGGGGCGAAGAUGAUUGAGGGCUUUCUGAGAAGUCUAGCCACGAUGCACGAAGCCUUGCAGCGUGGGAUCCUGACGCUCGAUCCGACCGUUCUGUCCGAAAUGGAGGAAAGUAAAGAGACCGGUACGGGUCCGCCAACGGAGAUCGAGCAGCGGAAGCAGCAAGCACGGGCUCGUCAGGCCGCGAUGCUGGCGCGCAUGAAGGCGUCGCAGGCGCAGUUCGCCGCGACAAUGACUGCAGGCGAUGACGAAAGCGAGCAGGAGUCAGAGGCUGCCACGUGUGUGCUCUGCAGAGCGCCAUCGAGCGAGUCGGGGGCCAGCCCGCUGUGCCACGUGGUCCUAGGGCAGCGCUCGCGCGUUGUGGCGUGGGCGCGUCGCCCGUUGCCGGACUGGCAGGCGGGUAUUCACACCGAGGGGGGGCCCGACGCCGAGCGGCACUACUCGCGGUUGGGCCCGAUUGGGUGGAGUGCGCAGGGGGGGAUGUGA